AUGGAAACUAAAAUCAUUUAUUUUACAGUAAAUGGAAGACCAGAGCGGGCUGAAUUUCCUAUCGACUGUCCUGCUCAAGAUGUCAAAGACCUGUUCCGAUCUGCAGCUGAAGCUGGCCCACAUGAUAUCCUGAAGCUCUACAACCCCAAUGGCAACAUCAUUAAUAUCUCUACACAGCUGACUCCCAACACUCCUCAGUCAUGCUACAAGCUGGAGGUGGUUGCUGCUGACUGCAACAGUGAGCCAUUAGGUACAGAGCUAGCAGUGGCCCUUGGCUUUGAUCUCUCCUCCAUGGAGAAAAGGUUACAAAGCCUAGAAAAGAAGAUUUGUAUUGAAGCUGGCAAAACUCCAGGAAUUGUUUAUGAGAUGAAGCAACAGGUGGAGUCAUUCAGAGAAAAACUUGAGAGUGUGGAGCACCUGAGCUGGCUGGGUCUGUUUAAGGAAAUGUCUAAGGGUACCCACAAACCCUCACCGUUCUACCAUAAGAGAACACUGCGCAAGACGAGAGAAGAGUGUGAACUUGUGAAAGAAAAGUUCCUCCAAAUGAGUUCCUUGGAGGUUUCUGAGGAGGUGAGACAAUACCUAAAGACCCCUACCUUUGAUAACUGGCAGUGGGAGGAUGCUGAGAUUAUGGUGUUGCUACAGGUGAUGUACACAGACCUGGACUUUAUCUCUGCUUUUAACAUAGAGCUGGAUGUGCUGCAGCAGUUUCUUUAUGAGGUCUACAAACGCUACAACAACAUCCCGUUUCACAACUUUAAGCACUGCUUCUGUGUUACUCAAAUGAUGUAUGGCCUUAUAUGGCUAACAGAUCUGAGGAGUAAGAUUGACAGCAUUGAUCUCUUAAUCAUGUUGACCUCAGCUGUGUGUCAUGAUCUUGACCACACUGGCUACAACAAUGCCUACCAGAUAAAUGCUCGCACUGAACUCGCCUUGAGGUACAAUGACAUUUCACCAUUGGAGAAUCAUCACUGUGCAGUAGCAUUUGAGAUUCUGGAGAAGACUGACAGCAACAUCUUCCGGAACCUGACAACAGAUCAAUACAAGAGGAUAAGAGAAGGCAUAAUUAAGUGCGUCCUUGCUACAGACAUGAGCAGGCACACUGAAAUUCUCAACAAGUUUAAAAGCAUUCUGUCUCAGUUUGACUUCAGCAACAAGGACCACAGAGAUGUGCUUAUGAUGAUCAUGAUUAAAGUGAGUGACAUUUCGAAUGAAGCGAGGCCUAUGGAUGUGGCUGAGCCCUGGCUGGACUGCUUGUUGCAGGAGUUUUUCAACCAGAGUGACAUGGAAAAGCUAGAGGGGCUUCCUGUCACACCAUUUAUGGAUCGGGACAAGGUUACCAAGCCCUCCUCUCAGACUGGCUUUAUUCGUUUUGUCCUGUUUCCACUCUUCAUUGAGCUGGCCAAUCUCUUCCCCUGUCUCGAGCAACACAUAAUUGACCCUGUUAGAAAAGCCCUGGAUUACUACACGGAAAUGGAAAAGGCAUUUGAGAGGGAGAAGCAGAAUCAGACCCAGAAUGAAAAAAUAACCAAACCUGAUGAGAGGGCAAGGUCAAACCAAUCUGAGCCUUUAGCAGAGCCAGGACAAACACUAAAAUCAAGCUCGGUGUGAACAAAGUUUCUCAGAAAUAGUGAUGUUGUAUGAGCAUCUCCAAGAGGUUCAGAAGACAAGCAGACCCCUGAAGACAAGGAUACAAUAAAAGCAAACUUAUUUUUGGUUGAAGUGUGUUAAUUUAAAAAUCAUGUUUUGCUGUCAGUUUUCUUUAUAUUUGUUAGUGAUUGACUUAAAUAGUUCAAUUUAGGCCUACAAUGCCUAUAAAAGAUUAUCAUACACUGUAAAAAUCCUUAGGUUUUAUCA